GUUUCUUGAACUGAUUACCAGUAGCUAGCCUUGGGCCAGGGCCUCAUUCAUUAGGAGCACAUUCACCUUCUCCCCAUGAGUACCAAGUCUUCGACUUUUGUUGCGAAAUUGGACUAAUAACGCGCGUGAACACAUUUUUGUAUUAGUCCGAGACAUCCGCCAUGUCGGCAGCCAAUUCCUUUCCACUCCAGAAAUCGGAUCCGAGCACUCUGCUUGACGACAGCCGCUAUGAAGCCUGGACUCAGCUACUCGAUCAGCAUAAUGACAUACUUCGAACCGCCAGCUCAGAAGGCACCGAAGCUUCCAAGACGCGCCAUCAAAGCAGGGGACAACUUCUCGCUAGAGACCGUGUUAGCCUCCUGUUGGAUCAACAUUCGCCUUUUCUUGAAUUGUGCGCCCUUGCUGGGCACGGGCUAGACUCUUCGAGUCCUUCGGCAUCACUGGUAGCUGGUAUCGGUACUGUGUCUGGAAAACUAUGCCUCAUUCUUUCGCAUAUUCCAACACUGAGCGGAGGCGCGUGGAAUGAACUUACCGUAUUGAAACAGAACCGUGUAACGCAGGUCGCAGGUGAGAACAAUCUUCCCAUAGUUGCUCUGGUCCAAUCUGCUGGUGUCUUCCUCCCCCAACAGUUCCGCGUAUUCCAUAAAGGAGGACAGAUUUUCAGAGAUCUCGCUGUGUUCCUUGGGGGGCCGCCUUUGGUCAAGAUGGCAACGGGUGAAGUAGUUGAUGCUGAAACUCUGGGCGGAGCCAAUAUGCAUGGCUCUGUUACUGGACUUGCAGAUCAGGUUGCCAGCGAUGGGUUCGAUGCCAUUCGGAAGGCUAGAGAUUGGGUCAACACCCUCAAUGUACCUACAGUCGACCGACGGAGCGUUCCGCAGGCCCUUCCUCCUCGGUAUUCCUCGGACGAGCUCUUAUAUAUUGUUGAUCCUGAUAUCUGCAAGAGCUUGAAUAUCAGAGAGGUUUUGCUCCGAAUCGUCGAUGACUCGCGCUGGCUUGAGUACAAACCAGAAUUUGGCCAAAACAUUGUGACAUCAUGGGCAACUAUUCACGGCCAUCGGGUGGGCAUGAUUGCAAAUUCCGUACCCGUCAUCAAUGCCAAGGAAGCGAUGAAAGAUGCUACCUUUAUCAAGUUGUGUAACCAACAGAACACGCCUAUCGUCUUCUUUCAUAACGUGACUGGCUUUAUGGUAGGUGCAAAGGCCGAGCAAUCGGCUAUUAUCAAGCAUGGUGCUCAGUUAGUCUCAGCGGUCAGUUGCUCCAAGGUGCCUCACCUCUCUAUCAUCGUGGGUGCUUCCUACGGUGCUGGCAACUAUGCUAUGUGUGGGAGGGCAUACCAGCCACGUUUUCUCUUUUCUUGGCCUUCAGGUCGUUGCAGCGUCAUGGGCCCUGAUCAGCUUGUCGGUGUAAUGCAGUCUAUUGGAAAGAGCGGCGCACGCAACUCAAAGCCAGGGGAUGAGCUCCGUGACGAGGUGUUACGCGAUGGUAGCUGCUAUAGGACAAGCUCAGUAUUACUGGACGACGGUGUUAUUGAUCCUCGCGAUACAAGGGAUAUCUUAGGGUUAUGCUUAGACACAGUAGCCUCGACUGAGAUCCAAGGCGCUGAGAGCUGUCAGGGCCUGGCAAGGCUAUAGGGGUCCUGGUUCCAUAUAUUGGCGCAGUCAGCGAUUUUGAAUUGCAAC